AUGUCAAGCAAAGUACGUCCACAGGUUGUUGAGCGUAUCCCGGCAUACUUGCCAUACGUGCGGGGGAUAACGGAUCGAAUUGGUCACCUGUUACGCCGGAGAUGCAGCAUCAGGACCAUUUUCCGACCCAUGACACAGAUAAAGAACAUCUUACGGUCCCCUAAAGACCGGGACCCUCUGGACAGCCCUGGAGUCUACGAAAUUCCCUGUGAUUGCGGUGAAAACUACAUCGGAGAAACGGGGCGCAACAUAAAAACAAGACUAUCUGAACACAUCCGAAGUAUUCGCAAGCUCGACAGUAACACCUCGGCGGUGGCUGAGCACGCCCUUGUCUCCGACAUGAAACAUUAUAUUAGGUUCGACAAAGUUAAAGUGCUAGCCCGUGAGAAAAAUUUUGUAUCCCGCAAGCUCCGCGAAGCAAUCGAGAUCAGUCGUCGGCCUAAUUAUAAUAGGGAUAAGGGUUGGGUUUUGCCACCCGCUUGGGACCCAGUGUUGCUAACUGCGAAACGGAAUAACAUCGACAGUGUAGAGGACAACCUGGUGGACAUUGUCAGCGUAUUUUGUGCCCCCGUGAACAAUAACACCAUCAACUCUUCAGUUUCGAGUUCGUCUCCGCCGACACACAGCGUCCCCCCCGCACCCCCCGCGCCCCCCGUCCUGACGAAUCGCGCGUUGCGGGCUAGGGCACGCAGUGACCGUCGCGACGCGAUAGCGAAUAAAGCCGGCAUCCACUCACCCUGA